ACAGUAUAGAGUACACAGUUAUACAUUUAUGAAAUGAGGGAAAUGUGCCCCAAACAUGCUCUUCAACUUUUCAGCUUGUGUGCCUUCAGAACAGACUUUCCUCCACGUGAUUUUAAUGAUCCUUCAAGCGAAGUUGUUGCCACUAUGGGGGGACUUCCUUUGGCUCUCAAAGUUGUUGGCUCCUUUCUUCACCGAAAAGGCCAUGUGAUACGGAAAGAAACGCUGAAGAAGUUGCAAAAAAUGCCUCACAAGGAAGUCCAGAAAAAUUUGAUGAUUAGUUAUGAAGCUUUAGAGUACGAGGAAAAACAAAUUUUCCUUGAUAUUGCAUGUUUCUUCACUGACGAAUGAGAGGGCGAUGCAAGCUAUUUUUGGGAAGCUUGUGAAUUUUAUCCAAAGAGUGGGAUUAUCGUCCUUAUGCACAUGCCUUUGAUAAAGAUAAUUGACCAUGACAAAAUAUGGAUACAUAAUCAACUCAGAGACCUUGGAAGGGAUAUUGUCCACCAAGAAAACCGCCAAAGGCCAGGAAGAUGUAGCAGGCUGUGGUCACCUGAGGUUACUCUAAACGUAAUCCUGGAAAAUGAGGGAACUGAUGACGUAGAAGCACUCAAUCUCGAGGCACCAAAUCAAAUGUGGAGUUUUACAAGUGAAGAAAUUGCAAGGUUGGUAAAGCUAAGAUUCCUUAAAUUAUAUGGGGGAAAACUUGUGGGAGACUUUGAGAAUACUUUCUCAAAGCUAAGAUGGCUCUCUUGGUAUCAUCGUCCAGCAAAAUUUCAGGUAACCAACCUUAAAUUGAGGAAUUUGGUUGUCCUCAAGCUUUCAGGAAUGUACAUAACCGAAUGCUGGAGGGGAUGGGAUCAUAUAAAGGAGGCAAAAAAUUUGAAAGUCCUAAAUAUCACAGGCUGUGAAUACUUAACUAGAGUGCCUAACCUCUCUACAUUCUCAAUGUUGGAGAGAUUGAUUCUUGAAGAUUGCGAAAGGUUAGUUGAAAUUGACAGCUCCAUCGGGGAGUUAAAAUGUCUAGUUUACUUGGAAAUUAAUGGAUGCAAUAGUAUGGAGAAGCUUCCUGCAGGAUCUAGUUUGGAUAAAUUGGGACUUGCAAGACUUUAUAGAGAGCUUUCGGUCUCAACUGGAGAAUUGAAUUCACUCAUAGAGUUACCUGAAUCAAUUAGAGCUUGA